GCUUGCUGUAUGUUCUUUAGCCACCAGUUUUUCAAACUACUCGUGUGGUUCUCGUCCCGUAUAUUCAUUCUAUUUUCACAAUAGCGCGCGCUUACAAGGAAAUCUCAAAGUGUAUAGGUAAGAAUGCCUUCCUGUCAGAACUCUUGGAUAGAGGCUGAAUAUGCCUUAAAGAUAUAAAAGCGAUUCUUACCUAAUACUGGUGGUCGCUCUACAACGGCCCCACGAGCCUAUCCUGACGGCUCCAUUUCCACAAUAAUGACAAUAUAUAAAUCUCCAGCAGGCCAUGCUAAGCUCCUUUGGCUCAUGGCGAUCGUUGCUUCAAUCAGAUUCAGUUCGCAUAAUCAAGUCAAGGUUGAUUACUACCACAGGGAAAUCCCACGGUUUCACAAGAUCGCUUUGGGGGCUUGUUAUCACGAUUCUCAUCUCUGAUGGACAGGAGUGUCUACCACAUCAGGAAUCUGCUUCUCUGAUGAGGGUGUGAGAAAGGUGAUGGGUACUGCACGCAGUCCUUCUGGGAAGACCAUCAGCAUGCACGAUUCCAGAUUCAAUCUUGGCGCGGGUUGAAGAAUCAUGCAUGGAAUGAUUCUCGUGCUCUCCGUUGACACGGCCCUUGCUUCGUGGAACUUGGAUCCAAAUUUGAAAGCAACGCCAGCACCGCGAGAUGGCCCUGAUCUUGAUGUUAAUCUUUGGCAUCCAACAGGGGUUCGAUCAGUCUCCCGUGGAACCCGGACAGCGCUUCGGCUGGAGCCGACGUGGUAUAGGCUGGUCAAGUCAGAAGGUGGAGAAGAUUUCUAAAGAUGGAUGAUCUGCCUCGGCACCACGAAGACAUUGACCAGAGGGGACUCGACCUGGAAAUAGCGCGUAGGGAUUGGCUGCAGUAUUUGUCAACAAACGUUCAUAUUCAAGCUCCUAAGUGUGUCGCCUUGAGGAGAUCCUAUGGACUUUGGACUUUGGAAGGUCAAUACAAACAUUGUGCGGUCACGCUACACUCAUUCGUCCCAAGGUCUUCCUUCUCACCAAGUCUUGGCCAAGACCUUGUGGCUGGGAACCGGGAAGCUUCUUCUGACAAUUCGGUAGCGGGAUCUUUUUGGGCGAAUUAGCGAGAAGAAACAAAAGGCUAAACUUCAGUGGGGAAGCACACGCUUUCGACCGCAACUGGAUCUGAUUGGCUAGCGGACUGCCAGAGGUAGAAGUGGGUGUGGCGCCUGUGCGAGUUCUUAAGCUGAGUUGAAUGUCCCUUUUCUAUCCUGGUUACAAAAUUGGCGUACUAUUUUUAAUUAAUGAGUGCUAGGCCGUGUAGGUAAUUUCUGGUUGCUACUUCAUGACAACAUUUCCAAGGCUAUACUCGGUACGUUGCACGUGCUCCGUACCAGGUACCCUUUCACCACUUCAUAAGCUGCAGAAAAGGACCUUCAAAAUUACUGCGCCAUCGAGAGGCUCAAGUGAGUCAAGUUGCAACAAGUCAUUCAAUUCAAUGUAAUGCGCUUUGGCUUCAACCCUCUUUGAAGCGACGAACUGCGAAAGGGGCUGCAUGUGGCCAGGCGAGACGUUAGUACGUUACGCUUAAAUUCCCCGCAAUUUGGUUUCAGAGCUUUCUUUUUCCGUCCCAACGUCGGUUCGUCAACGCUUCCUGUCCAAGAAGUGGCAGGUUGUUUUUGUACGAUCUUACACGAACUAAACGUUGCCGCUGCGCUACGUGGUGCAUCGACUACGGUGGCUUCAGCCUCCUUUUCCCAAAUAUUUACCACAUGGCGGACGACAUCUGUUGUAUGAAGAUUGGAUCUUUGGGGGACAUUGCUCGUCCAGUGGGACUUUUGACGGCAAUCAGCUGACCUAUGAUCGCCAUCUUCAAACGGCCUGAAAUAGAAUCCACUGGAUUGUGUUUCCGUAGCACUCGUUCCCGGGGCCAGAUCUACAUCUGUAUCCGUUGCAAUUAGAUGCCGGAUCAGUUGUCUCACUACUAUCGCUCAAAGUGCUCUCAACCCAACGGGUGGAAAGCGGAAAGCGGAAAGCGCCUAGAAGGUCUGGAUCAUGGAAAGAGGUUGUUGUAGAGUAUUCGUGAUGGUAGUCGUGCCGCUUGCUUCGUAGGGCACAGUACAGUACACUCCAGAUUCUUCUUGGUUGCAGCGAGUAUGCAGAGGCAGGCCGCAGACUGCAGGCUGUAAUGCUAUGCUAUGCUAUGCCGCCAUCUCUCCUCUUCUCAUCUGCCAGACCACGUACCGUACCGUACGAGUACGACCGACAGCGCGGGGAAUACUACCAGCACCUCGGCAAGAAACCAUCACCACAUAUUCUCUGCACGUGAAGGAGAUGGGAUUGGCUGCCCAAGACUCGAGUCUGCUCUGCACCACUUCAGUCAUAAUGUUCCCUACCAUUGCCACUGCCAGAGGGCGUCAGUAUUUGUAACCUGGGGGCUAGCGAGCCAGAGCCAGGGCACAAGUCUUCCCUGACAACUGACCAGACCACAGAAAUUCAACAUCAGGGGCACCCUGUCUCUCCCUGUCAAAAAGGCCUGCUCCACGCCCCUGAACCCCUUCCCUUGCCCGACCGGCGAAACUCUGUGCAAGCAGCAGUGCGGUGCAGUGCAGUGAGCGUCGAGAGUCCCGCUUCUUCGUCCAGAACCCAGAUCAGCACACCAAGGGACGCGAUACGUUGCUACUCCUACUUCGAGGUACUCGGCACUUCUAGACUUCCUCCUAGUCGUUUCCACUAGAGAUUCGACAGGCCGUGACUAGAGGCGAGAGGCGAGAGGCGAGAGGCGACAGGAGAGGGGUGUCCGAUUCGGUCCUGCCUGCUGCCCUACCCUACGAAGUCGGACUGCUCUACCAGAUCACGACAACCGCCAGUGCAUUCAUCUGGGCAUGCGAUUCCACUGCACUUUGCUUGAAAUUAAACGUACCGUAGCACUAUCCAUCCUCCUGGAUUAGUUUCACACAGUGUGCGGCAGCAAAUCAUCCAGCGACGGCAUUUUUCUAGUCUCCAAGGAUGACCUUACCUUGAAUGGUCUUGUCUCCCAGUUCCAAGCAGCCCCAUCCAGAUCUACAGUCAGGAAUUCAACCAAACCAAACAGCUACAGCUACAGCAACAGGUAUAGCUACAGCUACAGCUACACCAUUCCGCUGAUUGCCAUAAUUCCGCUCUACGGACUGCGUCCACCCAUACGGUGCCAGUACCCCGUAUCAUAGCAGUACCCAUACCGCAGGGACCUGCCUGACAAGUCCUCUCCUGCUUCCCACCUCCCGCGUCGUUGUCUUGCUGCGAGCUUGUACUGACCCAUUCUAUCCUUCUCCCUCUACCCUCUCCACUACACUCACUAAGGCUACUUGUCAAACCUUCCACACAGCCCAGCCCACGGUACAUGAUUGAGUGCAGAGUGCAGAACAUUGCAGAGCACACUCUGGGAGCAUCAGGCAAGCAUCCCGUUUGUACAAUUACACAGCAAGCAGUCAGCGGUGGGUGGCUUGAACCUAGAAGUCCAGUGCACUGCUCUGCCCUGGCCUGUCCUGCUCUGCAAUCAGGUACAGUACGAGUACCGUACCGGGUGGAAAUACCUUUACCCCACUCGCUCAUAUCCACUCAUCGAAAUAUAAUAUAGGUAUGCCCUGUUCGCCUUAUGCGUUAUCCACGACCCAGGUCUCCUAUCUCUUGAUUUAGUCUGAGACUGAUGACCCUGCUAAGACCUGACAGGGCUCAUAUCACAGCGGGGGCGCCUCGGAACCGUUGACCAGGGCUUUCUUAAAGUUUACCAUAUCCGUCAUUCAUCGACCCGACCAGAUCUAGUCGACGACCGACGUUUCUUUUUCUCCAGGCUUUUGCCAAACCUCGAUCCCAGAAAGCGAAGGAUCGUGUACAGAUUCGACCGCCGGAAAAGACCUUCGGUUACACAUCAGCCGCAUCAUUCUUUCACAACCCACAAUUGACUUUGCACCGCGCCGUUUCAACGCAUCACCGUCAAUAUGGCUGGCGAUCCGGGGAACCGUAGACUUCUUCCUCAAAGCUCACAAAUGCAGAGCUUUUCUUUCGCGCCCAAUGACUUCGGGCCUCGCGAGAACCAGAAGAGUAGGCUGUUCAGCAUACUUCCUUCCCCGCUCCCAGCACUCUUUUCUAACUUCAACACAGACUAUGUAUUUGUUGAUGAGCACAAUCGCCAUAAACGCCUGAAGGGUAUGUAUAGCUUGAAAACGAACAUGUCCCAAUGCUGAUUCCAUGUAGUUAUGAGAGCGUGUGAAGGAUGUAGAAGGCGGAAGAUCAAAUGUGAUGCCGCAACAACUAACACCUGGCCAUGUUCGGCUUGUGUCCGAUUGAAGUUGAAAUGUGUACCGCCCACCGUCAACUAUGAUAGCGCAUUUCCAUCGGUUGGACAACCAUUCGAGCAGGAGAGAGUUGGAUACGAAAGUGGCGGGAGCGCCGAAGACGAAUAUCACCAGCAAGCUUCGAUGCAGCAUCAGCAUCAACAAUCCCACCAAAUGAAUGCACCACACAAGAUUGUGCCUCCGAUAUACACCCAGCAAGUGCCUUACUCGGAAAAUGUUGGAGGUUACCAAACGAUUCCUUAUGGCGGUCCAUCUUCCGCUCAUAGUCUGCCUAACAUGCAUUAUGGCAGUCUCCAGCAAACGUCUGUCAGUGUGAUCGAUCCCCAUCAGCAUUAUUCUCAACAAAAUGUAUUUCCAACGCCGCCCCUUCAAGGGUCGCAUCCCCAAUCGCCUGACACAUACGAACAGGACCAGUACGGACAACGGGAUUUGGCUGAUCUUCUAGGAGAGCUUCGCGUGAACGAAGCCGGCACAGGUAAAGUCGACUGGGCAAAUCGUUCAAUAAGAGACCAGCUAAAAUUUUCUAGCGCCAUAUCUAAACAACAGAAUCAAGACGAAAACCAUGAUUGAAGAGCCAGUAUAUCAAGACGCUGAUGAUUUCAAGACCGUAUUGCCUCCCUCUAUACCAUCAACAGACAUGAAAGUUCGCAUACCACCAGAAUUAAUGCCAGAUGAGGCAACAAUCAUGCAUUAUUUCGAAAUGUACUUUGCAAAUGUUCAUCCAUAUGUCCCAGUCCUUAACAAGACACUGUUUUAUCACCAGUGGCACACCAAUCGGGAAGCAAUUUCACCUUUGAUUCUCGAGGCAAUAUUUGCAAUCGCAGGACGUCUAGCAGAUGAACCUUCAGAAGGGCACCAAUGGCUAACACUUGCAACAAGUAUUUUCUUGCUUUCUCAUUCCAAGACUCUGCGAAAACUGACUUUCUGAUUAGAACAUGCUCAUUCAUUUAUGGAUGUUCCUCGGCUGAGUACGCUCCAAGCAACUUUGAUAAUUUUGAAGGCAAGAGAGUCGGCCCCUAAACGAGGUUAUUAUUUCCGUUCCUGGAUGACAGUCGUCCAAUGCGUGCAAAUGGCCAAGGAUUUGGGCUUGGAUGAACACUAUGAAGAGCACAAAGCCGGUAGACCUUGUGGGUCGGAUCAUGGUGAUUGCGUUACCAAAACUAGGAUCUGGCAGACAAUAUUCAUAUGCGAGUUAAUGAUCGGUUCUCCACAAGGUCAAAUUACACUUCCUAUAUAAUUACAGUCGAUAAUACUAACACUGCAUAGGGCGCACUGAUCUCUCAGUCAACAUGGAAACUCUAGAUUUGAGCGUACUAAGACCGGCACCCGAUAUCGAAGAAUCAGAAUUUAACGUCUCCCGGAACUUUACCUACUUUACAAGAGUUGUGCGCAACGUUCGAAGAAUGAACAACGUCUACUCCAAGAUCAAGAAGAAGAAGGAAUGGGGUAUCGAUCCCGAUUUUGUACAGCUCAACCCGUCCUUUGACGCUUGGAUGAACGACCUCCCACCAGACCUGCAAAUAACCUUCCCUGCCGACGGAUCACCACCAUGGCUACCAUCUCACUUUAUUGGAAACCUCCAAUCGUAUUACUAUCUUAGCAUUAUUAUGCUACAUCGACCACAACUGACAUUUAUGGAACCAACCGGAAUGGAUGGAGGUUGGAAGCAUCAUAUGAUGAUAUGCUACUCCUCGGCAAAACAGCUUUGUAGAUUGCAGGAGUCGACUCUACAGAAUUUUGGCUUGACGGGUUUGAUUUGUAUGCAGAGGGGCAUCAACUUCACAAUAUACUGCAUCUUGACGUGUACGGUGCUCCACUUGGUAAGCAAGCUUGGUUCAUUUUUGGGCGCGUUCUUCUUACUAAGUCAAUUGAUAGGUGGCACUUACAUCACCAGAUCCGGAACUCAACAGCGAUGCUAGAGAAUAUUUCACAAGGCACAUGCGAAUACUAGAGCGAUGCACAAGCUCGUGGCCUAUGCCUGAAAUGCAACAACAGAUCGAUGCCCUCCGAGAGGCUUUUUCGGCGGACACGAGAAAGCCGUUUGAGUUGAAACCAAGUUUUCCGUACGGGAGUCCUGGAGCGCCUGUCCACACAAGCCCUCCAAGGUCGGUCACGCAAUACCGUCAGAUUGGUCCAAAUGGCACUACUAUGGAACAUCAGAAUAAUGUCCAGUCACAAUCAGUCAGUUACACACACCAUCCCAUAUCACCGCCCAUAUCUGCCGGUGGCGUUGCGGACACGAAAAGUGACUCUCCUGCCGCACAGGGUUUGGUUAUGAUGGCCGCUCAGCGAGGUCCGCCCCAGCAAUCUAUGCCAAGUAGUAUUCCAAUGGCCGAUCCUAAUGCUUGGAAUCCGACUCGUAUCUUUGAGUAAGUCAAAAGCCCCAUUCUUCUUCCUCUUCACUGUGACGAUGCUGUGCUAACUCAUCAUCCUCAGCCAGUGGAAUUCUACCUUUGGUACGCCUCCUGUUGCAAACACAUCUACUUCCCACCAAGCCCCUCUAAAACUUCCUGUAUCAGGUGCCCAUGAAUUACCAACGCUGCCGGAAAUGCAGUCGCUGCCAACGGUUAGCUUACCUCCAGGGUCUUCUCAGCCAAUUCCCCCCCAGCAGUACUCGGGCGCUCCGAUUCCGUCUUUUGUCAGUCCUAGCAUGUGGCAAGAAUCUGUGGCAAGUGUUUAUGAGGGUGGGCUAAAGAGACAUUGGGACUACGAUGAUUCGAAUAUGGUUAACGCCAAACGAUCAAGAUGAAGGAGCAAUUGACC